AUGUACGAAGGGAUUGACAACCUGAAAUCCCUUUACGACCGUUCCGGGAAGACUUUCUCCAGCGGUCCUUCUGCGGCACAGGAUGUGCCGCGUCGUAUUGCUCGUACAGACCCAGUACGUCAACCAUCAGCUGGGAGCGGGGCUCCCAAGAAUCCCACGACGGGGGAUAGCCGCGCCACCGGACGAGAUAACUCGUCCGACGUCCGUUCACGUCGCGGUGGUUCAACAGCUGCUCAAGUAGAUAGCGCUGGCCAACGCGAGAUUCCUCUUAUGGAGGAGGAGGGAAAACGCUUUCCAAACUGUCGUGGGGAGGAGGAGGGAAAUCGCUCUCCAAACUGUCGUGGGGAAGCGUGCGUUCCCGAAAGCUUCUUUGAUCGCGUAACGCAAAGGUUACGCGGUGAUCUCGAACAUGAGCGGGACAGGCGUCUCCAAAUGGGGGACACUGUCUUGAAGCAUCGAGCUGAGUUUGCCUUUGCUCAGCUUGAGAACGAGAGAUCUCUGACAUCUCUUCGUGACGAGCUAAGGGUAGCUCGUGGGAUUGUUGAUCGGUCUCGGGAUGAAAUAGAUGCUCUUCAGACCCUUGUCGACGCCCACCACCGGCAACACAAGGCUCGCUGUGAGAUGCUUGAGCGCAAGAGCGUUCUUCAUCGGAAGAAGCAGCGUACUGAUGGUACGGCUUAA